GUAGGCCGAAAAAAGUUCUGUUCUUCUGUCAAUCAGAAAAAAAUUGCGAAACAGUUAGUUAGUUGAUAUAUUCCCAUUAUUGAACCCAUUAUUAAUAGUUUUCAGAAAUGGCUGGAAUUAUUUUGAGACGAACGCUGCUGCUAAAUCGAAACUAUGCCGCACCACUAUACGCUGUACGAUUCGUGACCAUGAAACCCGUGAAGUCUGGUGAUAUUCCCGGAGAAUCCCACGAUGACCGAAAUGCUCGUCUGAAGCGUCCACAGUCGCCCCAUUUGACAAUCUACGCUCCCCAACUGACGAGUAUGCUCUCGAUCACACAUCGUGGCACUGGUUUCGCUCUUGCCGCUUACGCAACACUGCUGGCAUUCGCACCUCUAGUGCUACCCUAUGACGCAACCCAUUACCUGACCAUGCUGGACCAUCUCAACCUACCGAUGCUGUUGGCACUAAAAUUCACUCUGGCCUAUCCGUUCUCGUUUCACACAGCCAACGGAGUGCGUCAUCUGUUCUGGGACCUGGGAAUGUUCCUGAGCGAUAGGGAUGUCACUGUCACUGGUUACGUGAUGCUGGUAGCGUCCGGUGUUAUGGCCGUUGUGCUCACCGUUAUCUAGGAUAUCAUAUUAGUCAGCGAAAAAAAUAAACAUGUA